AUGAUUUUUUUAAAAAAAAGUCAUAGUUUUAAAUAAAAAAAUUAAAAUGAUAAUUUUAAUUAUAAUAAAUGUAAAUUUCAUUGUUAAAUAAAAAGAUAUAAAACUUUUACAAGUAAAAACUUUCAUGCAUAUAUAUACGAAAACAAGUUAAUUUUAUCAAUAAACGCAUACGACAAAAUUCCUUAUAAAAUAAUAGAAAUAAAAAGUGAUGAAUAUAUUUAAUGGAAAAUAAAAAAAAAUUAAAAAACAUUAUAAACAGAAUACUUAGGGUUUAAAAUUAUAAAAAAAAUACCAAUAAAUGAUUAUAUGAUAGAAAAAAAAGAAUAUUAAUUUUAUGCAAAUAACAUUAUUAUUAGAAAAAUAAAAGAACAUUUAUGCAAAUAUGUUUGGUAAAGAAAAUUUAAUGAUGAAUUUGAAAUAAAGUAAAAAAUAGGAUAAGGAAAUUAUGGUUUUUUUAAUUUUACAUAUAGAAACAUAAUAAUAUUAUGCAGUUAAAUGCUAUAAUAAAUAAUAAUUACUCUAAACUAAAAAUCCAUAUGUAUAAAUUUUUACUUUUUUUUUAAUUAAUUUAUUUAUAAUAUUAAAUAGAUUUAAUUAUAAGCUUUAUAGAAAGAAAUUUAAAUAAUGAGAAUUUUAGAUAAUCAUCCACAUAUAAUUUAACUUUAAGGCAUAUAUGAUUCUGAUUAAUAUUUUUAUUUAGUAAUGGAUUUUAUAUAAGGCAAUUCUUUACUUACUGAAAUCAAGAAAAAUAGAGUUAUUUUUACUUAAGAUAAAAUAAAAGAUUUUUUAAAAUAAUUAAUUAGUGUGCUUUAAUAUUAAAAAAAAUAUUCAAUAAUGCAUAGAGAUCUUAAACCGGAAAAUAUAAUGUUUUAAAGUAAAGAAAUUCUUGAUAAUUUAGUUGUUGUUGACUAUGGAUUAGCUGAGUUUGAAUAUUCUAAUCCUUUUUUAUUUACUAAAUGUGGUACACCAGGUUAUUGUGCACCUGAAUGUAUAAAUGAUUAAAAAACUGAAUAAAAAACUAAUUGUGAUGUAUUUAGUUUAGGAGUGAUAUUUCAUUUAUUGUAAAAAUUAAUAUUUUUUUUUAUUUAAAAAAAUAAUAUCAUUUUCUUUUUUUUUUUUAUAAAAAAAAGACUUUUUAAUAAAUCAUUGUUUUAUGGAAAAAAUUUAAAUGAAGUUUUAAAUUUAAAUAAAAGAUGUGAAAUUUAAUUAGAUUUUUAAGAAGUUUAUAAUAAUGGAAAUAAAUAAAGUUUAGAUUUAUUAAAUAAAAUGCUUUAGAAAAAUCCAAAUGAUCGCAUUUUAAUAGAAGAUAUAUUAAAUCAUGAAUAUUUUUAAGAAAAAAGCGAGUAAAAUGAGUCAAAUAGUCUAGCUUAAAAUUAAUAAAAUUCACUUAUAUUGAAUACUUAGGAAGAAUUCGCGUCUUUUUAUAUAAGUGAGUCUAAUUUAUAAAAAAAUAUGGAAGAAAAUAAAAAUAUAAUUACAAAUAAAGAUUUUGGAAAGGAAAAUUUAAAUGAGAAAAAUAAUAAAUUGUCUAUAUGUUUUAUUAAUUAGAAUAAUGAUAUCAAUAAUAAUAAUAAUAAUAAAAAGGAUAUUAGCGAUAAUAAAUUAAAUAAAUUGAGGCCAAUAAAAGAAGAGGAUGAUUAAGGUAUUUAAUAAUAAAAUAACCAUAAUGAAUUCUAGUUUAAUUUUGUAGAUGACGAUUAUAUUCAAGAUUUAUAAUUAGAUAAUAACUAAUAAUAAUUUGAAUUUGAAUAAAAGGAAGAUUAAUUAUUAGAAUAAGAAUAAUAAGAAGGAGAAUAAUAAUGA